CAUUUUAUGCUGCUUCUUGCGCGCUGAUGCAGAGUGAAGGGUGGAAGAUGAACCGAAGUAUGUCCUAACAUACCAGCUUGAACUCCAGUGCAACGCAGCUUACAGAGGAAGCAACCUGCACCUGAAAACCAUGCACUGAAGAAAAGGAAACAGAAGCAGCAGCAACAGCAGCACGGUCAAAUCUCUGAAAUGUGCACCACCUCUACAAAGUCAUUGUCACAUUAACCGAGUUGGUCAACACACCCAGGAGCCACGCCGACCGUCAGAAAGUCAGUCUGACAGUCACAAACUGCUCGGGCCGGUCUGAAUGUGAGGUGGAAACAGAAGACAGGACGAGAUGCGAAGAGUUCGGAGAAGAGGGGGAAACAAAGAGAAGGUGUUUGGAUGUGAUCUGCUCGAGCACCUGACUGCCUCCUCUCAAGAGAUUCCUCAGGUCUUGCGAUGCUGCAGUGAAUUUGUUGAGCAUCAUGGAGUCGUGGACGGAAUCUACAGGUUGUCCGGAGUGUCGUCCAACAUACAGAAACUAAGGGGAGAGUUUGAGAACGACGGGAAUCCAGAUCUGAACAAGGAUUUGUAUCUGCAGGACAUCCACUGUGUCAGCUCUCUGUGUAAAGCUUAUUUCAGAGAGCUGCCGAACCCGCUGCUCACAUACCAGCUGUACGACAAGUUCGCUGAGGCUGUGGCCAUCCAGCUGGAGGAGGAGAGGCUGGUAAAGAUCAGAGAUGUUCUGAAAGAACUACCAGCACUUCAUUACAGGACUCUGGAGUACCUCAUGCAUCAUCUGGUCAGAAUGGCCUCACAUUCCUCAGAGACCAACAUGCACGCCAGAAACCUGGCCAUCGUCUGGGCCCCCAACCUGCUCAGGUCAAAGGACAUUGAGGCGACUGGGUUUAAUGGUACAGCGGCCUUCAUGGAGGUCAGGGUUCAGUCCAUUGUAGUGGAGUUCAUCCUCACACAUGUCCCUCAGCUGUUUCCUGAGCAAGGUGUAUCAUCCGAGAGAAGGAAGUCCCUCCCCUCCCCAUCAGCAGAGUCCAAUCAGGAUGAAGGAUUUUUCAAGUCUGUUCCCUCUCAUCCCUGCCCCAGCUUUGGGAACAUCAGUCCAGGAGACGGUCCUAUCGCCAUAAGACCCUACCACGCUAUCAUUGAAGGCACAGACAAGAGGAAAGGAUCUCUCAAGGGCAGGAAGUGGAUGUCCAUAUUCAACAUCGGAGGACGAUUCCCAGACCCGCGGCGAAGGCACAAACACUCAGCUAAAGAGAAAGACAGGGCUUCUUUGAGACCAGCAAGAAGCAUGGACUCCCUCAGCAGUCCGUUGUAUCCAAAUGAAGGUUCCAGACGUUCUACUCAGCGCCCUCCCUCCAUCAACACGUCUCCUAAAGUCACACCCUCCCCUCAGCCAGGCUCAGAAGCUCCAGCUCCUUCCGGUGCAAUGGGUGGCAGCGAAUAUGCUGUGACAUACCGCAGGGGGACAGGGUUAGUGAGUGGGGGGACCCAGGGCACCUACACUGCUCUUGACCCUGAGGGUUUAGGGUCCACAGGCAAUGAGACUCUCCAGUCAAGAUCCCCGGGACUCUCCACUAAAGCAGGAUGGAGAGCAGCCAUGCACAUUACAGGGCCCACCAUGGUUACUGUGCCACUACAUAUCACCUCUAACCUGGCAUUAGGGGUGUUGCAGGGGGGCGGGAGCAACAGGGUCAUCCAUCGUGGCAGGGAUAAGGAUGGAGGGGACAGGGUGGAAGGUAAGGAGGAAGGAGACAAGGUGGAGAGGAAGGAAAGCAGAGAGAUGGAAAUGAAGGAGGAGGAAGGCAGAAAAGUUGAGGAGGAAGAGAAAGACAGUGAGGGAAUUGUGGACGUGGAUGAGAAUGCAGCGGCGGCAGGUGGUGUUGGCGAGGAAGAGUUUGAAGGAGCAAUAGAGGAGGAGAAGAGAGAAGAGGAGGUGAGAGAAGAUAGCAGCCGGAAGCCAGAGCUGGUGAUUGGAGGCGUGUCCAGAGAGCAACGAGCCAAAAGCGUCAAUUCCAACCCAGACGAUGAAGAUGCUGAAAAUAAUGACCAAUAUGUUGACUACAGCAGUGACUACAUGGAUAUGAAAGGGAUGGAACGAGAUGAUCCUCAGCCAGUGGUGACUCAGCCCGAAGACACCUGUGCAUUUGCUGAGCCUGACAUCCUCAACUCAACUGAAGUGGAUGGGGACGACCAGGAGCUGUUUGGCUACGUUCAAGAUAACUUUGACUUCCUGGACCAAAUGGACUGCAGCGCCCUGGACCAUAUGGACUGCAGCACGUCCUAUCAGGUGAACGAGUUCUCCGUCGAACCUCCAGGUCACUCAGACGAUGAGUAUGAAGUCAUGGUGCAAGCUUCGCCUCCUUCUCCUCCCCCUGCAGAGCCGCUGCCAAACCCUGAAACACACACUCAGAGUCCAACCGAGUUAAAACCACACAGGCCGCUCAGCCUCGACCUACACAACCGACACACUAAAUCCCUCAGCUUACCUUACAUGACCUCACCUGUCCACGGACCGGACGAGUCUUGCUCUGAAGAGGAGGAUGAAGGGGACCACGGUGAUAACGAUGAUUACAGCAGUGAAGAAGAUGAGAGCAUGUUUUAUAAAAGCCUUCCUGCUGAUUUCCUAUUAAGCAGUCUGUCCGGGUUGGAACUAGACACUGAUGCACAAGACAGUUGCACCCAAGAUAGACCUCCUGUUGAUCCAUCACAGAGCUCUGAGGAGGGAGAGUUUGAGACAUUGCACUCUCAAGAACCGACCGCUGGAGAUCAGGAGCAGGGAGGAGUGAUUGAUGAAGAAGACAGAGAAGGACUGGAGGGAAAGCAGAUGAUGAAUAAGGAAGAGGAUGACACACAUGAUAAGCAAGGAGAGCAACCAGAAAACCAUAUGCAAAGCAUGACAGCAGAGGAAGAUGUCAACAUCACGGAAGAUGUUCAAAGAGACAAAGAAAAGCAUCCGACUUCAGACGCGUCAUCACACUGCUGCAUGGAGUUUCGACCGCCAAGCGAUGAUGACAUUGAUGAGUUAAGCACUAUCGAGGUCGAGGAUGAGAAGGAAGUGGUUGAUAACCCUCACACUGAUCAUCCACCUUGUCACACAGAUAUUUAUGCAACACAGGAAAUUGGUAAUGUGUCAUUAGAGGAAUCCAGAGAAGAUCUCAGAACCUGUGAUGGAGGGGAUAUGAAAGAGAGACACAGUGAUGAGGGAGAGGACAGGAGGGUAUGCAAAGAGAGAGAGGCAAUAUGUAAAGAAGAGGUUCUUGAAAUAAAAGAAAGUGAUGAGAAGAUGUUGGAAGAUCCCACCGAAGAAGGUGAAGAAGGAAUAGCUGACAAAAAAGAUGAAGAAAAGAUGCACGAAGGUGGCAAAGAGCAGGAUAGUGAAAUAUGUAGCAGUGAAAUUUGGGAGGAACUUGAGGAUGUUAUAUGUGAAGUGAUCGAGGAUGAGGAAAGUGAGCAGGUUGAGAGGGAUGGUGUUGCAGGUGUAGAAAAAGAUGGAGAGGAGGAAGACCAGAAAGCAAAGGUUUCAGGAGAUAAAAUAGUGCAAGUGGAGGAAGGAGGGGCAAACAAGACAGAAGUUAAACCAGAGGUGGAGGAGGAAUCAGACCCAGAGAUAGAGCAAGAGUCUGCGGAAAAAGAGACAAGUGAACUAGGAGAAGCAAUUCAAGGGAAGCAUGUGGUCAAUAAAGAAGCACGUCAUCAUCACGGAGAAGAAGUGGUUUCAAAAGAGACAGAAAAGGAGAACUGUGACCAGGAGAGAGCUCAUGAGCAACUCAGAUCACCGCCAAGUGUAGAUAAGCAGAUAAAAGAGGCCUGGUCUGAUAUGAAGAAACCUAAGUGUGAGGAAAGUGACAGCAGUCAAGGAGCAGUAGGCAGGAAGCUGGUUGUGUCCAAAAACCCGAAAGUUUACCAAGUGAAAGCGGUGCCGGUGGUCCCUCCGAAGCCUCAGCACUGCAAAAUCACUGCCCUGACCCUGCGGCAGCAGCAGCAGCAAAGAGAGAGACGAGAUGCAGACAGAGGGAGGGAAACCAGGCAGAAAGUCCAGACAGAGCAGGACAGAGUUUGUGCAGCGGAACAGGGGAAAGAUGGAGGGGAGAGAGAGAGGGAGAGGAGGAGGGAUGGGGAUGAAGGUGCUGCGAGGGACACAAGCAGAAACAGUCCCCACAGCAUGUGCUUUGACAAGGCUGUUGCCAUAGCAACCAUGAGGCGAGAAAAAGAGAAAGAGUGCGAGAAGGAGAAGGAGAGGCAGAGGGACUGGGGAAGUGAAGUGUAGUGAGCAGGUUUUUUUUGUCUGUAUAUUGGUUUUAACUGAUUUUUCUGUACAAACUAUUUUUCUACAUGUAGCAUAAAAGGCUGUAUUUUAUCUUUAUUGAAUGUGGAUUUUAUUUCAGUAUAAAUUACAACAACAGUAUUGUCUAUCUAAUGCUACUAAAGAUGUUUAAGCGGUUUUUCUGUCAUGCACAAACUUGGUGCGCAGCCAGAAAAUGAAUAGGUUUUUACCUAUUUUGUUAGACAGAGAACUGCAGAGAGCUGACUGCGAAAUGAAAGGAAAGAGAUGGGGAGUGACAUGUAGCAAAGGUCCCCGGCUGGACGUUAACCCCUAGGCCCCUAGGCCGCAGGGACACCCCAAUUGCGAUUUUACUGAUAUUAAGUGAAAUAAAACAUAGAAACUGAAAGCAAACAUACAGUGAGGUGGGAUUAAAGGUGAAAUGCUGCUCUUUAUUUUAUAAACCAUUUGGAUAAACUGCCAUUAAAAAAAAAAAAAAAUUUAAACCCUAAACUUUCAUAGCUUUUAUACUCGAGGUCUGGAAAAACAAAACACGCCACCACUCAAACUCAAUUUUGAUAAAAGCAAAAAGAUAAACCUCAAUUCCAGCUCACUCCUGUUUGCACUAGUCGUCUAAUUAUACAAUACUUAUAUAAAGUAUAUGUAUUUAUACAGUAUAUGUGUUAAGAAAAGAUUGGCGGAAAUGUGGUUAAAUAAUAGAUUUGAAAGACCAGGGAUGAAUAGUAUGUGCCAUUUAAAAUAAAUAUGUUGAAUGUUUUAAAAUAUGUGAAUAAAAAGAUAUUUCCAA